AUGUAUGUCAAAUAUCACUUAAACGAUCAACAAAUGGUCAAAAGCACACACACAACAUCUGAAUGUACAGACGGAAAUUCAACAACAUUUGCUAUUAAAAAUGGAGACGUCCAAGAAACAUUCACCCCAUCCUCUAUCUUCGGUGUCGUCUUAGAAACGUGUAACUCGACGAAUACAAAAUCCGUCAUUCAGAAUUAUCCAACGGAAUGCACAACGGGCAUUACGGGCUAUUACAAAUUUAUCACUAAAGACAAUAAUGUUAUUCGAUUGACUUACACAGAAAACACCUGCACCAAUUUGUUAGAAACUUCAUUAGUUUUAGCGGUAUGUGGGUGUAAAGAAACUGAAGGAAAUGCCUUUGUAAUUUCGAUGACUUGUGCCAAAACAUGUGGCGACAACGAAGAGUUUGUAGACAACGAGUGUCGUUGCAAGACGGGAUAUCAGAAAGUCGGCGACAAGUGUGUUCCUCAAUGUACGGCUCAUGCUACGUACAACACAACUUCGGCUCAUUGUGAGUGUGACAAUGGAUAUGUCUCAGUCAAUGAGAAGUGUGAGAAGACGUGUGGGGAGAAUGAGGUAUACAACUUGACUUCUGACACGUGUGAAUGUAAAGUUGGAUACAUCAGAGACAACGAGAAAUGCGUUUCUAAAUGUAAAGAAAAUGAAGUGUAUAACACUCAAACGGACAAGUGUCAGUGCGUCGAUGGGUACACGCUUUUUAACAGCAUUUGCACGAAGAACUGUGAAGCAAACUUUGAGUUUAAUUCCGAAGGGAAGUGUGUGUGUAAGAGUGGAUAUGAGUUAUUGAACAACGACUGUGUUGUCACUUGUCUGGCUAAUCAAAUCAGAAACACCGUUGGCGAGUGCAUUUGUGACGCUUCCAAAAAUUACGUUUUGGUCGAUGGAAUAUGUGUGAUCAAAGGAGACACAAGCUCGGCAUUUGUGCCGUUGUUGGUUAUAAUGUUUAUCAUUGGAAUCAUCGUGUUGAUCAUCAUCCUCUUGGUGGUCUGGUAUUUCAAAAGAAGAAGAAACUCGACAAACGCAACUCACGCCGAUCCAUUUGGUGCAUCUCUUGUCCCAGACGAAUUGAAUAUGGUUGGUGUCUCUAAAGACGCUUAA